AUGGCUAAUGACUCCUUGACAAGGGCGCAAAUAGUUGGAGAUGUUCUGGACCCAUUUGCUAGCUCGGUGCCUCUAACUGUGAUGUAUGAUGGGAGGCCCAUGUUUAAUGGCAUGGAGUUUCGCUCACCGGCAGUCUAUCUGAAACCUAGAGUUGAGAUCGGCGGUGAUGAUUUCCGUGUGGCCUAUACCCUAGUUCUGGUGAAUCCUGAUGCGCCUAAUCCCAGCAACCCAACCAUAAGGGAGUAUCUCCAUUGGAUGGUGAGUGAUGUCCCGGCAUCAACAGAUGAUAGCUUUGGCCAUGAGGUUGUCCCAUAUGAGAGCCCAAGCCCCACCAUGGGCAUCCACCAUAUCGUGAUGGUGAUGUACCAGCAGUUGGGCCGGGGGACGGUGUUUGCGCCACAAGUGCGCCAGAACUUCAACACGCGCAACUUUGCACGCCGCUUCAACCUCGGCCAGCCUGUCGCCGCCAUGUACUUCAAUUGCCAACGGACGACGGGCACCGGUGGGAGAAGGUUCACCUGA